ACGGGUAUCUGCCUCGCUGAGACCGAGCAGAGGCGGGAAAUGGCGCCUGGUAACACAACGGUGUGUCAUUUCGAAGACGGCCCUUGAGUAGAGACACACAGAAAAAGUCGGAUCGGAUCGCGAAAACAACCGCUGCCUCCAGUUGUGAUGGUUAAUCGGUCUUGAAUCGUUAUCUCCAGACACUGCGGAUCACUGUAAACCUUACAUGUGACUGCAAAAACAAUGAGGCUGAGAAUGCGUAAGGCGUCUCAGCAGCCGAACCCCAGUGUGGCAAGCCGCCCGUCCCGGACCAAGCGGAGGCAUUCAGAAGUAGAAGAAGACACUCCCACCAGCGGAGGGAGGGGCAUUUUCUCAACCAUCAAAAAGUUCAUCAGAGGAAAUGCUGUUAAGGUGGAGCAGGAAAGCCCAGCCAAGAAGACACGCCUCCACUGUGAUGUGGACAACAACCUGAUCACCUCUACACCUCCAAACACCAACACCCCCCGCAGGACUAUCAGCAGGGUUGGCAGGAGAGGCUCCGUCAACGGACAGGCAACCAAUCAUGACAGGAGUAAGGAGAAGCCCAACGGCAGCCUGGAGGAGACGACGGCCGUUGAGGUGCCCACCAGCCCUCCCAGGACCACCCUUCUUGGGACCAUCUUCUCCCCCGUUUUCAACUUCUUCUCACCAGCUAAAAAUGCCUCCUCUGGCUCAGACUCUCCAGACCAGGCACUGGAGGCUGAGGAGAUAGUCAAGCAGCUGGACAUGGAGCAAGCUGUGGAGACGCCCACCAGCACAGCCACAUCCACGCAGGAACUGUGUGCCACCACUAACUUCUACUCUAGUGUAUCACAGCUGCCACCUCUGCGACCUCCUCUCCACAUCCCCGAGGCAUCUCCAACAGCAGAGGAGGGAGAGCUUGAUGCUGAUGCCGACCUUCCACCCCUCACAGCUCCAGGCUCCAGUCCAGAUAUGGCAUAUGUGGACUCUCCUCCCACCGCAGUACCACCAGAGGCAUCCUAUGAGGAAGACUGGGAAGUCUUUGACCCAUAUUUCUUCAUCAAACACGUCCCUCCACUGACAGAAGAGCAGCUCACUCGUAAGCCAGCCUUGCCACUGAAGACACGCAGCACGCCCGAGUUCUCUCUGGUCCUAGACCUGGAUGAAACGUUGGUUCACUGCAGUUUAAAUGAGCUGGAGGACGCAGCACUUACCUUCCCUGUUCUCUUUCAGGAUGUCAUUUACCAGGUGUAUGUGCGCCUGAGGCCGUUCUUUAGAGAGUUUCUGGAACGCAUGUCUCAAAUCUAUGAGAUCAUCCUUUUCACGGCGUCUAAAAAGGUGUAUGCAGACAAACUGCUCAACAUCUUGGAUCCUAAAAAGCAGCUAGUGAGACACAGGUUGUUUCGUGAGCAUUGUGUCUGUGUCCAGGGAAACUACAUCAAGGACCUCAACAUCUUGGGCAGAGAUCUGUCAAAGACCAUCAUCAUCGACAAUUCACCACAAGCCUUUGCAUAUCAGUUGUCCAAUGGGAUUCCCAUAGAGAGCUGGUUCAUGGACAAGAAUGACAAUGAGCUGCUGAAGCUGGUGCCCUUCCUGGAGAAGUUGGUUGAGAUGAAUGAAGAUGUGCGGCCGCACGUUCGGGAGCGGUUCCGGCUUCACGACCUGUUGCCCCCUGAUUGAACUCAAUCGCAGUCUCUCAGAACGGGACAACAUGAAAAGACUGAAGACAACAUGCGUGUAAAAAGCCCCUCUUUGGAUUACAAACUACAACAUUGCCAUUACUGUUAAAAUUUUAGCCUUCUCCCGCCCCUCUUUUUAUUUUAUUUUGUUUUUAAAUCCAUCAUUGCUUUUUAAAAAAAAAAAGAAAAACAUUUUUAAAGAUCUGGGCGACAUUUUCUAAAUAUCUAAAUGUAUAGAUGAAAUUACACACACUAUGAACAAGCCCAGGUAGACUCCUCUUUUUGACUGACUCUCCAGCUGUGGAGCCGGAUAUCGUCUCCACACUAAAUUCUGAAGUCUUGGUGCUGGUUUAGUGGAUGUGAAAAUGCCACCUGGUAAAGAGGAACUCCACCCUGACCGAGUCCCUGAACGCCCCGCAAACCGACCCCCCUGGUGCUCACGCUGUUGACACUGACGAAUAAUGACGCUCUGUGGCUACGGACAGUUUUUCAGCAGGAAUGACUGGCCUGUAAAUCAAUCUGUGCAUGUGUGUUUGUUUACUCCCAGCCACACACACACUCACACACACACACACACACACACACACACACACACACACACACACACACUGAUUUGGUGUUUGGCAAACCUACAAUCUGUAGCCUCUAAAAUCAUAUGCAUUCCUCCGUAGCUGAGUCAAGUUUCUAUCGUUGGUUGCAGUUUUUUUUUUUCUGGUAAAACUGGUGUUUCAUUGUUUGUUUGUUUUUUUUUUUUUAAAGUAACAUUUCAAAAUGUUUUACUUCUGUUUGUAAGAUAUGAUAUUUUAAAAGGGGUCAUGUAAGUUUUAUCGUGAGCCUUUUUCCUAUUAGGAGAAAACGGUUGCAUCUUAACGAGUUCACUGCAUAGUCGGGAGAAAUGGAAUUAAUCCAGGACUUUUACGUAUAGUUUGUUCUCGUUCUAACAAAUAGAGGCUUAAAUCAGUGUUUUGGCUUCACUGUGGACACAACAUGGCUCCCUAAUUAAAAACGUUAGGAUUAAGAAUCUUAUUACCUGUAAAUCUGACAUAUUGUAAAGGUCUGAGGGCAUUCAUUUUCAAAGUGAUAUGUGUCAACGUUAACCUUUCUUUAAUAAUAGUAUUUGAUUUGUCAUUUGUCUAUAAUCAGUAUUGUCUUUUUACUCCUAAUCAAGUAUUCUGGCUAAAUCCGAGUUCUGUUUCUUUUAGUUGUGAUGUGUAAUAUGAUGGCUAUGUCAGUAGCAUUAUGACUAAUGUAGCACAUCUCAGCCAGAGUUGUCAUGAAGUCUACCUAUGGUAGAAAUCCUAUGGCCAGACCCUGUACCAGCCAUAUCUGGCACCAGCAACAUACUGUUUUUAUCUGUCAGCUUCUCUGACUGCCCCCCCUCUACCUGUCUGUUUCAUACUCUUUUUACUUUUUUAUUUUAAAGCACAGUUUAAAGCAUUGUGUUUAAGAAUGGUAACUAUAUGAAUGUGUUUCCGCCUGGACACUCGAGCCAAACUGACGUUUAACUCCGCUGUUGUUUCAGCGUAAUUUAUUGAAUAAUGAGACAAACAGUAGAUGUUGUUCUUGGCAUCUCAGUCAAACAAAAAAAAAAAAAAGAGAUUUCAGAAUGGCUGUUUCUCUCUGUCGUCGGCCCGAAACCCUGAAAGAGUCGACCUGAAAUUUGGCAUGCGUCGUUCGAAUCAAAAGUGCAUUUUAUGUUAAAGCAGAUGUGAGUGUUUGGAUUUGUCUGGGUUAGCCUGUACAGUGCCAUACGAUUCCUCUCCUCACAAGCGCCCCUCCCUUCCCAAAUGCCUGUGCCCCCCCACCCCACCAUCCACCCAUAAUGCUUAGAUGGAAAGAGACAAUCAAACCUCAAAGCUCUGCAGAUACUGAAACCUGGAGUCACCCACUCUUCCCUCUGGUUUUUUUUUUCCCAGCGUGCAGUAUGUGUUGUGUACUGUGAUUCCAAUGAGUUACAACCUCUCCCCCCUUUCCCUCCCUCCCUCCCUCCCCAUGAGUAAAUUUACCAGGUGAAUCCUGCUGUGCCCCGCCCAAACAAUCCCUGCCACUCACUCCACACAGCUUCUCUGCUCAGAGAUGGUUUCCUGCCCGUCUUUGCCUUCUCUCACCACAACGUAGUCGCUCUCCAGAAAAUUAGAAUCCGCUUUGUGUUCAAGUAAAAUUGUCACAGGGCACAAUGGUGUUUACUCCUGACGUGACGUUACGAGUACACAUGUCCAGACUAUGAAUGUAAAUUGUACCUGGGGGGCGGGUGAAGUCUUAAGUGUCUUUCCGAAUUCCUUGUUGCGUUCUCUCCUCGUCAACUCAGAACAAGACGAGGAAGCGGCGUCCGCUCACAUCUGCCAUCCAGAUGUUGAAGAGGAGGCGAGAACAGUGUUGGCACAGAAGAGGAAACAUGUCUUGAGCCUCCCCCCUCUCUCCCCCCUCGCCCCCUCUCCCCCUCCCCCAUGAUCUCUCACCAUCCUGACUGCCAUCUUUUAGUAUGCAAGCCUCACCUGGAGUACGCGCUGUAGCCCAGGUGUGCUCGUGUUCUCAGUGGGCUGUGUGAGUGUUUGUAAUGAUCAGUCACGGCUUGUUUCUGAAGGAUCGGUGGGGAGGUGGUUUGAUACUUUUAAUCCAGCUCAUUUUUAUGUGCAUUACCAGUUUAUUGUACACUGAGUGUUGUACAAUACAUGCAGCUUCAUGUUUUAAAAAAAUCCUUAAAGUAAGGAAAAUCUUUUGUAUUUUGGAUUUCAAAAGGCAUGUCAUAUCUACUUUUUAAAUGUAUUAAUGAAGAUUUAACUUUACAUCAGAUGGAGUGUUUUUUUUUUCUUACAAAUAUCUGUAUGUUUAGUUUAGCGCUAUGUCACUGAACUGUUAAACUUAGCAUGUAGAGAAUACAGCUUGCUUUGUGGGAAAGUCCUGAAUUAAAUUUUAAUCAUGGCACUUUUUCUGCAGAAAAAAAAAGCAAUCGUGUUAAUGAUUUUUUUUUCAGUAUCCGUUAAAGCCAUUUUACUUGCAAGAACUGCUAUUUGUGCUGAAGAUGUAUUUAAAAAUGUUUUAAGACAUCUUUGUUAGCCGUCAGGCUACAUGCUAUUGUAAAGUGUAUAUACAGUUACAUUGAAUUUCUGAAACAAAGUUUUAAAGUUAAAAACCU